GUUCGCUGCCGCGGCGGUUCUUGUCUCCACCUCAUCACCCACAAUGGCAACUGAAACUGAGCAGCGGCAACAGCAGGACACGGCGACGGACAGCCGCACGCGCACCAUGGUGCCGGCAGUGGAGGAGGACACGGUGCUACUUGCGCGCUGGCUGCGCCGCAUGCCGUUCGCUGGCGACACGUUCGCGUCGUCGUGCCGCGCGAUCGAAGCCGAGCCGCUCCCGCCCAUCAACGCCAAGGGCGGGCGCGACGCCGAGGGUUGGACCGCGGUGUACGAGGUCACCGUCAAGCCCGAGUGGGUGAACGGCAUGGGGGGCCUGCACGGUGCGGCCGCUGCAUGGAUCGUCGACAUGUUCACAAACACGUCGAUCAACCGCCUCGCAACGGAUACAUGGAACCCGUGGGGGCCCAGCAUCAACAUCGAGAUGAACUACUAUGCGCCGGCUAUGAUCGGGACACGGCUGCGCGUCGAGACCGUCAUCGAGCGCAUGGGCGCCAGUAUUAGCACCUGUCGUUGUCUUAUUUCGGAUGCCACCACCGGCCGACGCGUUGCGGGUGGCAUGCACACCACCAUGCGGCCCGCAGGACGCAAGCACAAUCCGAAUAUCCUCCUGCUCCCGGAGCGGAAGAAGCCGUUCGCCAAGCUGUAACAUGACUGAGAACACGAUAUUGGAUACAUCUGGAUACAAUCAUGGCCUUGC